CUCAACAACUCCAUUGAGUUGUGGCCAAAAAUUUAGUGAAUCACUUUUAGUUUUCCGCCAAAACAAACGCGCCAAAACAGAUUUCCCUAUUUUAUUACUUUUCCCCAAAUUUUUAGCGCUCAAUUUUAGUUUCCCCUGCAUCUAGGUUUUCUCUUUUCAUUAUCUAAACUAAGUUCUUGCAUCUGUGUGUUCGAUUUUUUGAUCUCUUCCGCUUUGUUCAACCCAAAAUCUGCCUAUCAUGACAAUAAAUGUGCAUGUUUCUAGUAAUACUGAAUCUGCUGCCGAUGUAGUUUCAAAUUCACAGCCAGGAAAAAAGAGAAAGGGAAGGGGGAAGACAACAGGGCUUUCAGUUCAAAAGAAACGGAAAGAUAGUGACAAUGGAAAGUUGAAGGUGAUUAUUCCACCGGAUAGAACAGUAGCAGUAGGCCCUGGAGCUAAAGAUUUUGUUGCCGAGCUCUCCGUCAAAGUUCUCCAGCAUGCUAGGCAUGAUGUCAAGAAAUGGAAGGAAGUCCCUAAUCUAGCAAAAGAUAGAAUUGUUGCUCAUAUGCUGGAUAAGCUAACAGAAAUUGUGGCCAAACAAACUCAAGAAGUGGAAGAGGAUACUGAUGUGGACCCAAUUAUUAAUGCUACUUUUGUGAAACUUGUUGGAGAAAGUCAGGAUAUUGCCGCAGUCAAGGAUCGGGAGUCAAGCCAGCUAGUAGGAGAUCUAUGCAUGUAACUCAAGAGCAACUGCAAGCACAACAGAAAGAGGUGGAAGAAGAACGCCAUAAACGAGAGAAUGUAGAGUGUAAACUAAUAGAAGUGGAAAAUCAACUUGCGGAGGAGCGGAAAAAACGAGAAAUCAUGGAAGCUCGUCUAGUGGGUGAUCAAAAAAUAUUAAAACAGGGCAUGAUGGCACUAGUAUCCCAUAUACAAAGUUCCGAGACUGGACUUCCUACUGCAAUUUUUGACAUGAUUGCUAAUUUAAAUGAUUCGGAUGAGACAAGUCCUACAAGUCUUAUGGAUGAUAGCAUGGUAAGUAAACUUAUUCUAGUUCUUGUGAAAGGAAGUUUCUUGGCUGUAUAUGCAAAUGAAUCUAUUUGAAUAAAUCAAUCAUUAUCUAAAUUUUUUUCAGACUAUAGUAUUGUAUCUUUGGGAGUCAUUAGCAUGUUCUGAUGCAAUUUUAUUUUGGGGAGUAUUUUAAUCAAUCUUACACUGCUUACAUGCCUAUUUUUCUUAAGUUGUUGCAGUCAUUUCUCAUUAAAAUAUAUUAUUGAUUUUUCUUAAGUAUUUGGUUUCAAGAAGACUUUUGGUCUUAAUACCUAUGGGAGGAUGACUUGAAAUAUACAAAAGUUGUUUGUGAACAGGAUU